CUCAGAUACAUGUAGCACAGCUGCUGUACUCUGUCCUGCUCCUUCCCGUCCUCACUCAUCGUUCUCGCCGCCGUCAUUGUCACCACGACGCUAGCGUUAUUAUCACCGUCCAAAGUUCACCGACCUCCGCAUGUCUGCUGCGCCAUACCCAGACCCCUUCGGCGCGCCCGAGAACGACAUCGGCUUCGACAGGCGGGGCCGCCGGCCAGACCACCACCACCACCACGCGGACCCACACUUGCCUGCUCCGCCUCUGGGGCCAUCGCUCAAACCUGCUCUUAAGCGUGAAGGAAGUCGAAGUCGACUUUCACCUGACGACCGACCUCAAUUUCCCGACGAAGCAUCCUAUCUUGGUGGCCGAGCCCCCGACGCUGAGGUUAAGAACGGCCCGCGCGAGAGAUCCUUCCGAGAUCAGAGAGACGGCUACGAGUCCGAAGAAGGCGAGAAUCACAAGUCGUCCAAGUACACGCCUCGCACCAGAAUGCCGCGAUCCAACGACGAUGAUCUGGCUUACGAUGACCGCAAGCGCCGUCCGAGGAGAAAUACCAACAGCCAUGUGCCUCCGCCAGAGAGCGCAAUCUCGGGCGCAUCGCGAGGCGGCUAUGAUGAUGCUCCUCCCCCACGACGCCGAAGAGAUCGCGACGACCGACGGGACUAUGACUACGAUGAUGAAUCACCACCAUCGCGCAGGCGCGGACCCAGACCGCCGCCGGUAGAGUACGGUGCCGAGCCCAUUCCUACCCGACAGAGGAGCGAACGACGGCCUCGGCCACGACGCGAUUAUGACGAGUACUCGGAUGAGGAGGACUAUCGUCCCCGGCGGCGUCGUGGAGCCAGCGCAGACGGCCACGGGAGACGUCCUCGUGACUACGACGAUGGGCCAUAUUACUCCGACGAGCCCCGCAGACGCCGCAACGAUGACUACGAUCGUGCGCCGAUGCGGAGGCGGGACAGCAGUAGGAGGAGGCGAGAUGAUUACUACGACGACUAUGACAGAUAUGACGACCGAGAUCGGGAUCGACGACACGGCAGAGACAGUCGGCCGCCGCCCAAGGAGAUCAGGAUUGGCAAGUACGACAUUGGACCGUGGAUAGAGCAGGGCAAGAAGCAUUGGACUACGGUGGCGCCCAUCUUGACUCCAAUUGUAUUGGCGCAGAUUCGCAAAAUGGGCCAAGGAGGUAAUGGAGGUGGCGGCGGCGGAGGACGGCGAUAGGAUCGUGGGUUAGAUGAAUACCAUUCCAGAUAGUAGCGCUGCAGUAAGACGGGCAUGGGAAUUGAGCUGAAGCGUUUGGUACUUAUUACCCGAGAACAGAGGUUUGAUUAGUUCUACUGUUUCCUGGCGAGCAAAAGAGGCCAGGCAGGCAUAUUGGGACGCAUUUGGGCAUUUUGGGGGCGCAGAAGUGAGACCCACGGUACCAUUAGAUAAUGGAGGACAUCUGCGAGGCGCGUAUGAUACCUACGACUAUUAGCAA